CAUUUUUUCGAGCAGUUUCGAGCCCGCAGGGCCAUUGGCAGCAUAGAGAGCAAUGAGAGCGCUACUUACAUUCGCAUUGCUGGCCUGCAGCGCGCGGGCCGGCUGGUUCAGCCGCGGUGGCACUGAAAAGCCAGAUACCAAAAAAGCAGCCCCAGCAACACCAGCCGCGCCCGACGCCGCCGAGAAAAAGACAAAGGCGCCGCCGCCGCCGCCCGUCGAAGAGCUGGCCGCCGCCGAAAGGGACCACACCUGCGCCGCCGGCCUCGUGUUCGAUGUCUACGCGAACGGCGCGUCUGAAAAUCCGGUCAGAGUAGAAAUGUCCGGCGGCCAGUGCGAGACGGUAGCGGCCUUCGAAGCUGCCGUGUCGAGAGCGGUUUGUGAAGAUACGGCGGCCUGUCAUGUGCGAGACGGCGCCGGGAGAAGAGUACGGCGCUGCUCCGAACUCUCGAGAAACAGCGCCGAGGCGGGCGUCCAGCCUGGAUUAAUCCCGCGGGCCUACGGUGUCAGGAGAGACAUGCGCUGGGUCUUUCCGACGGAGGAGGUUGGUUAUAAACGAUACUUACCCCACCUGCAGAUCACGUUAACGACGCUCGCGGAGGAGCCUCGACUUUUCGCCCUCGACAACUUCCUGACCGAAGAGGACGCGUCGCAGCUCAUCGAAGACGCCCUAGCUAUUUCUGAUGAUGAGCACAAGCUGACACGGAGUAGUGUGGGCGCCAAGGGCUACACGGUGUCCUCCACGAGAACGUCGGAGAAUGCUUGGGUCAAAGAUACAAAAACGGCCAUGCGCAUGAAACGUCGAGCGUUUGAAUUACUGGGCUUCGACCAUUACGACGAGCGCAUGGCCGACGGGCUGCAAGUUCUCAGAUAUAACAACACGAAUGGCUAUGCGGCGCACAAGGACUACUUAGAUAGGCCGCGAGGUUUGUCGAGGGAAGCGAUGGAGCCGUCCCUGGGUGGUGCUAAUAGACUCGCGACGGUGUUCUUGUACUUAUCCGACGUGCAACACGGCGGCCAGACGGUCUUUCCUCACGCGCCGCGGCCUUCGAUUGCAUCAUCAUUACCAGCUUUGGAGUCCAGACCGUUAGAUGACGAGGUCAUUGGACUGAGAGACGCUAUAGUAUCAAAAGAUGAAUACACGUGGGAGCCCCGUUUGAUCGAUGAGUGCUAUACCAAAUUAGCAGCAGCCCCGAAGAAAGGUCGCGCGAUCCUCUUCUACAGCCAACAUCCGGAUGGUACGUUGGACAACAUGGCGACGCACGGCGGCUGCCCCGUCCUCGAGGGCACGAAGUGGGCGUCGAAUCUGUGGAUCUGGAACAAGGCGAUGCCCUUUGGUUCUUCUCGGUUCCAGUCAAAGGACGACGAUUCAGGAGAUAGCUCAGGCGUCGACGUCGAGGUCUCUACUACUGGUGUCAGUGCCGAAGUGUUCUGGGUUGGUGGCGGCGGCGAGGAGGCGCCCAUGGGGACGGUCUCACAGGGAGACAACCUGCGGCUGAACUCGUUCGUGGGACACUCGUUCGUGGCGCGGCGGAAUGGCGCGGAAGUUUCUAGGUAUACGGUCGCGCGGGGGGCGCAGGCGUGGGCCGUGCCUCCGUAAGUUUAUCGUGUGGUU